CAGCAGUCCUGUCAGCCAGAAAACGGCCGCAGGGCUCAUUUUAGUUCCCAGUGCGAGCAAAUGCGCUGCGGUCAUGUAUCUGUUCCCUGUGACAAGAUCCCCUCAAGGCUGAUUCCACUUCGCGGGGCAGGCGUCUCUCCUUGUUUAAAGUCGACAAUUGAUUUUGGAAAACGCCCAGCACGGCGGUGCACCGGGAGUAGCCGAUCAACUUCACCAGCGUACUGUUACUCCGCAGCUGUAUCACGCUCCUACCGAAGGAGAUAUCCAACGUCAUCCGCUUCAUCGUCCGGCUCUCUAAUCGCAGGCGGGAUCCGCAUGGAGUUCGGACCUCAAUCAUACCAGCUGGCUACAACUCGGUCCUCCCCCAUAAUGAGAAUGACAAGUUGUCGGGGCUAUACUAUACUAAUACCGGUCUAGCCUUGGCCGUGGUUUUGAAUCUGUUUAUGAAAGAUGCAGCCCUCAAUAUUAUCGUCUGCGUCACGAUUGGUAUCACCUUGGCUGUCAGCAUGUUGACGUCAAAGUGCAGGUCGGUGCUGCGUUUCCUCGCUUUACGACGCACAGGCAGAUUCGUGUAGUCGGAUAUGCCGUUUGUCAACUUCUUCUCACUCAUCUACGUCGCAACAGCACGGGGAAAUUCCUCCAGCCAUGCGUCUCGAAAACUAUGCCACACUCUGAGAGAUUGUAAUUGCUGAGCUGGUUUUCAUGAAGAUUCAUAUUGCGGCGACAGGAGUCGCGGGACAGCAAGCGAGGCUGCGGGCAUUGAUGGCGUUGGAGGAGGCACUUAUGCGGGCGCAGGUAAGAUACGUCCUUGGCGUUAUACAAUGAGAAUCACGACUGAAGUUUUAGCCCUGUCAGGCACAAUCGCAGGCAAAUCGAAAGGGAAAAGACGCUGGAGAGGAAGUCGAUCAUACCGAUUUCCACACUUCAGCGGAUGUCUGUCAUGGUCUUCACGACAACGCCGGGAUGAAACCGGGUCGGUCCGCGAAGCCGAGGGACCUUUGAGUAUUUCUCUACCAGCCGUAGGCGAAUUUGUCGACGAGGGCCUCGGGUGGAAGAUCCAUCGCAUUUUCGGAAGAGGCCAUGCUGACUGUCGACAACCUGCAGCCGAGCCCGUCCAAGGGAGUGUGGAAACAAUUCAUCACAGUGGCGCACGGUGUCUUGUUGAGGCGUCCGGCAAGGAUCGGGUAGUGUAUGUACUACGGGGGACGCGAGAGGUGGGAGGCCAGAUUGAGCACGUUUGGCGGUCAAGCAUCAAUCUGGUGGCUGUGGUAAGUUGCGUGUGGUUGGAUGAGUUUCAGCCAGGUGAUGCAGUUGGGACAUACUAUUGCUUUGCAAACUAGACCGGUCUG